CGCUUCCUCCCGUUCCUGAACCUGGGCUACUGGGCAGGAACUUUAAAUUGCUGCCCGGCUCAGCCCCGGCCACUGCUCAGGCAAAAUGAUGACGAGAGGCACCUUCCUGCUGGGGCUCCUGGCCCUGUGGGCAGAGCUGCAGGCUGCACCCAUCACAGGGCUCCUUGGAGCAGCCCCUGCCUGGCAGCCGCAGCCGGGGCAGCCUGGAUGCUGUCGGCCGGGGAUGAGCUCGGUGCCCGUGGAACGGCUCGGCGCAGUGCCUGCCCUGCCACCCAGCAGGAUUGCCCCAGCCAGGGUGUGGGAGGUGGGUGCGGAGCAGGGGAGUGAGGCCCAGCGCCCACCUGGGGCUGAGCUGGUGGCUGCUGCGACACCUGUGUCCGGGAAGAAUCCAAUGAGCGGAGGGGAGCCUGCAGCGGGGAACAAGCCCAACACGGGGAAUAAAACUAGUUCAGGGCAAAAGCCAGCAUGUGGGAGACAGCCUGGGACCAGGGAAAAACCAGAGGUUGGAAUAAAGCCAGAGAAUGGAGUGAAGCUGGAAACCACAGAGAAGCCGGUGACUGAGAAGAAACCUGAGGAAGAAGAGAAGCCUGAGGAGAUCCACCAUAUUCACAUCCACCACGAGGAGAUAGAGGAACCGGUGAAAGAGAUGGAGGAGGAGGUGGAGGAGGGGAUAGAGAAGGUGGAGGAGGAAGAGGAGAAAAAGAUGGAGGAGGAGGAUGAGAAGGAGGAGGAGGAAGACAAGAAGGAGAAGGGAGAGAAGGAGGAAGAGGAGGAUGAGGGAGAGGAUGAGGAGGAGGAGGAAGAUAAGGUGGAAGAGGAGGAGGAGAAGGAGGAAGAGGAGGAGGCAGAAGACGGUUAUGAGAAUGACAGCUAUGAUGACUAAAGAGAUGAUGACAGCAGUUCUGAUGCUGUUGAUGACGCUUGGUGAGCGAUGCUGCCGAGUGUGUGAGGAGUGUGUAGGACGAGGAGAGCCCACAAUGGGUGCGCAUGGGGCAGCCAUUCUUGGCCUCCUCUUCUGCCUCACUCUGCCAGGGCCAGUCCUGGGCACCAACAGUGACUUUGUCUUUCCUAAUAAAUGCCGCAUUGUGCCACCGAUUCAGUGUGA